CUCCCACUUCUCUCCGGCUGGUGUUUUUCUUUCCUCGUCGACUUUGUCUCGGUAGAUUCUCACUCGUUCAGCUACCUGGUCUCUCUCGUCGACCCAGCAUUAAUUGUUCCCUGUCACUUCCACUACCUUUAUCCCUUGGUCUCGCUCUUCUACUCCAACCAAGCUCCAAUCACCAUAUACUCGACCGACUCAGUUAUAACCGGGGGUCGUGUUGAUUUACUCACGACAUAGCUCCAAUACCCUCUUCCUCCUCCCUCCCCUCCAUCCAUCCGUCAAUUCUCCCAUCCUCCGGAAUGUAUCACACCUUCUCCCCCAGCCCCGUCAAAGAGGGCAGACGGAUUCUCGGCGAAAAGACCCCCAACGCGUGUCUGUCUCCGGCACACCACCGACACGCAUCCGCCUCGCCUGUCAAAUCCCAAUUGACAACCUCGCCACGAAAACUCCUUCCUUCGCCGUCCUUCGCGGGUCAGAAACGGUCAAUUGACCAGGUGGACCACGACCAAACCCGCGUCAACAAACAUGGCGUGUUGUCGCCCCGCAAAGAGGCCCCGCGGGGACAUGCCUCUCAGACCGGAACCCAAACACUAUCCACGGUGCCAGAGGACAUUCAGCUCUCCCAAGAACCACGCCCGGACGCGUUGAACCCCGAAACGUCACAACCACAACAAGAACAAUCCUCCAGUCAAACCACAGAGUUGGCAGAACCAGUCAGCCCAGAGACCACCGUUCCCGAAGACCCCAGCACGCGCAAAUCAUUUAUCCAACAGAAAGCCAACCUCCUCCGCAGCCGAAUCCAAAAUGCCAUGCGUCACGUCCACGACCCUCAAUUCGACCGUCGUCUCUCCGAACUAGAAGCUCACAGCCGCAAAUACCCCCGGUUAUCACGCCCCGACCUGCUGGAAACCCCGACCCAGCGCAAGUUCACCCCCCAUCUGUCGAAUGACACAGCGACACCUUCUUCCGCCGCCCCCCCGCGAGCUCUCCAGCCGGCUCUGGAGCUCCACCCCGGGCUCUCGUCCCCUCCGCUCUCCGCCGGUGCCGCCUACCUCCCGGAUCCCCUGCGGACCCCCACCCAGAAACACCAUCCCCGUCAGGGCGCCCACUCGCCGAUGCAGCUGAGCAGUCCGCCGGCGAGUGCGUCACGCAGGAGACAUGUCGAUAGAGGGCUCAACCCGGACCAGACGGAGGAGUCACGAGAGGAUGGGGAGAGACAGCAGAGCACACCGCCCCAAAAGGGAGAAGGUGAUGGAGACGGCGACGCGGUAGACGGCUUACUCAAACUGAUGAACACGGCCGAUCAACACGGCAGUCCAGCAGCCUGAACCAGCUGACCUACCAAUUCACAACAACGACGGCCUUAUAUCAGCCUCCUCGGACGAAUCCUCGUCAGUGCGGAUCCUAGCCUCCGCCGUGCUGGAGUGUGCUUCUCACGGUUCGACCAUCCUGGCUACUGGGAUAUUUCUGCUACUGUGAUCAAAUCCACCCAAUCUCCUACAGAUACAGGUGGAGAGGGGCAUGGUUAAUAUGGCUCUGAAGGGCGUAACUCGAUCCCAGGGCUAUGACUCAUUUUGCAUCUGGCGUUUCUCAGAUACUAUACACUGCUUGGAGCAUCAAUGAUACCGCUUGUGAUGGUUUGUUUGGCUUAUGUUAUUGACGGUGAAUGUUGCAUGUACAGUAAAGUCUAGUAUAGUCUCG